AUGUCGGGAACGAACAAAGUGAAGAAAUGCGAGGGUGUUCCUCGUUUUAAAAACAAUUGCGACGUUUCAAUGAUCGCUGGGCAUAAGAAAAUUCCACAGAGCGAAGGCUUAGAUGUAUGGUGUCUGUCUUUGUUGUAUAUUAUGAACACCUCACCAAAAAUGAAAGCUAUGAAUGCCGACGAAAUGCGUCGUUACUACGACGAAAAUAUCGAGGGAAAGUGCCAGAAACAAUUUCAUCAAGAAAUUUUAGGGCACUGGAUUUCCCUAAAGAAUGCAAUGACGAAUUUACCGAAAUCGGAGUUGGAAAAUAUCCCAUCCAUGUUUUUGCUAAAGAUAAUGGAGGCAUUCGAAGAUAAGACAACAAAACUGAAAUUCUUGCAAAUUUUUCUGGAGAUUUGCCCCUGUAUUCCCCCAAACAACAAUACCUUCGAAAAAGAGAGCGUCGUUUCAAAAAUGCCAGUAGUUGAUGAGGAAGAUUUUUCGGCGCUGACUAAGAGAGAAGUGUCGUCUCCUUAUUGCUGCUCAUCAAAUGCAAUUGCAAAUUCAACAAUUUCAAACAAGAAACGUAUAGAAACAUCAGAGGAAAAUCCAUAUAAAAAGAUUUCGAAACCAUCCGAAGAAUCGACCGUAGUAGUGCAAGAAACAGAUAAAACCAAUGGGGAUUUUGGAUCGCACAACAAGCAUGGAAAUGAUGCUGCACAAAACAAGAUUUCAAGAGAGCCUGCGGCUUCAGACAUGACAGCAACAGAAAAUGAACCAAACAAUGUGAGCACAAUUGAGGUAUCACAAGUGUCUGAAGAACAUUACUCGAUGCUGGAAACAGAAACAGAACUUGGGAAUGAUGAAGAACCGGGUCCUAGUGGCGUUCUUGAAAACAACUGUAGACCACUUGAGACUUCACAGCCCUCCGAGUCCACAUCAAUCACAAAGAAAUUCAAUGGUGGACCUGACAACGUUUUUGGACCAAUUGAGGUUUUAAAAUCUGAGGAAGAGCUUGCCUCACCCAUAACAGCAGAAACGGUUCAAACCAAUGAGGAGAUGGGAUUUGGAGAAGAAGCUACGAACGAUAUCAGAACAACUGAGACCUCCCAAGACCCGGGGGAGUCCACAUCAAACAUGAAGAGAGACCAAAGUUAUGGAAAGAUUGGACCCAACUGUGAACCCAUAAAUGAUGAAGGAUUUGCCUCAACCAUCAUGAUACAAACAAUUCAAAACAAUGAGAAAACAAAAUCAAAUGAGGAAGCUGAGGAGAAAAUUGAAACAACCGAGGUUUCGAACCUUCCUGAUGUCUCAAUCACUAUUAUGGGAAAAAACACUGAUGGAAUUAAUGGAGCCAAUGAAGGUGAAUCUAAUGCCGGGUCAUUUGAGCUCUCGAAAAAAGGCCAAGAAACCACCCAUCCCAAACAGCAACGUUUACAUUUCGUGGCGGCACAAGAUAUCGACAUUAGCCAACUUAGAGCCGAGAAUAGUAAACUCAAGGACGCAUUAUUGGAAACAAAAAAAGAAAAUACAAGGAAGAUGGGUGAAAUGGAGGAGAAAAUCUCUGCGUUUUUUAGACAAAGUCAACAUCAAGUGUCACGUUUGAUGUCUUUUGAAGAAGAACAGAAGGAUAUGGAUGUAAAAUUGAAGCUUUUUGAAAAGUACAAGGAGAAUAUGGAUGUAAAAUUACCCGAAAUAGAUGAACAAGCUAACAUAAUUUUGGAAAGACUUACUGAGGUGUUGAGCAACUUUGUGCCGGAUUCGAAUGAAAGGAUCAUCAGACAUGUUCGGGAUAGGUCUGAAACUCUGUGUCACUUGCUUGAUGAAUUGCCAAAUCGUCGCCAAGGACUGGCUGAUAUGCAGGAACUGUGAUGAAUAAAUCAUAAAUUAAUAUUACUUACCGUAAUCAUAAUCGCACAUUUAUAUUAAUACUAUCUUCCACGAUACUUGAGUAACUAUAUCUGAAAAACUACAGUUUAGAAACAUAGAGUUAUUCUGCAUGUUAUUUCUCCAUCCCUAAAGGAAAAUUUUCCAUUUAUCAAAAAAUACUCACAAGGAUUGCAAAUUGAUAUGAAAUGUCUCGAAAUUUUGAAUUAUCAAUUAUUGUCAAUAGUUUCUCAUUGGCAUUGCACUGAACAUUUGAUGUCGACUUCUUAGAAUCUAUUCACGUUUGGUAAGGUCAAUCAAAUUAUAGUAAAUGCAAAAUGGAUAGAUUAGAUAAUUUCACACUUUGCACCAGGGUACUAAAAUUUUUAUAAUUCAAUGGUUUCUACAGAAAAUCGCAUGUAUAUC